AAUCGCAGGCGAGCGACAGUUGAGCAAGACAAUCCCGUAAACCAUAAUGCGAGUUUUUCAAUAAACGCUGUCAGAAAUGAGAGCGGCACACCGUGUGUUCAUUCUUACAUAGUAUAAGAGAAGAGGACGUCAAUCAUGGUGAACUGUGGGGUGUGCUGUGCUAACCUCAAAGACAACAAAACCAUGAUGAAGAUGGGCUUGGCACUGGUGCUGGUGGGCCAUGUCAAUUUCCUGCUUGGCGCUCUGGUGCACGGUGCGGUUCUCAGGCACAUCAGCGUGCACGCCGAGGCCCGCAUCUUGGUGUACGCCAUCACUAAUGUCAUUGCCAUUGUGGCAGGCUUAAUGGGAAUUAUUGGUGGAAUAAUUGCAAUUGUCUUGUCCAAAAACAAGAAAAGCAGGAUUUUGAAGUGGGUCCUACUGGUAUUCAGCUUCAUAGCAGGUCUCUUGGCUGUUGCCUCCACUUUGGGCCUGAUAACGUCCGUGGUCACCGCCAUCGUUCACAAAGGACGAAGCCUGCUGACACACUGCGUUCUCCUCAAACACGGUGUCGGAUCUUCCAGUGUCACCUACGAAUGCCCCUUUGACCCCACGCGCAUCUAUAGCACCACAAUAAUUUUGUGGGUGCCGCUUAUCCUGAUGUCUGUGGUGGAAAUGGUGUUCUCCUUCCGGUGCUUCGCUGCCUGUACGUCAUUCCUGUACCUCUGUCCGUGCAGGCGGAGGCCCACCAUCGCAAAGAGGGUCCGCAUCCAGAGGGCAGCCGCAGUCCCCCAAUCGCCUCCAAGGGAGCAGCCGACCGAGCUUGAUUCUGAGGCUGUGGAGCAAGAUGAGCUACUGCGCAGCGGUGCGGCAGCAGAGCAGAGCCACUGGCUCUGAGCACAUCGAUUCAAAUAAGAUGGGAUGAAGCGAUGCUGAAGAUGAACCAACAUUUGGCGUGAUAGACAUUUGUCUAAUAUUUUUCCUAUGUAUGCAAGCUUUUUUACUUGAUAAAAAUAGUUAUUUUGUGUUAUGACCAAAUUGUGUAUUAAAAACGGUAAACAUGG